AUGGGCAGCAACAACCUGUUUUUACAAAUCUGCGGAUCGAUCGGCAUCGUGCUCACCGCCAUCAAUUUACUGCCAAUGCUCGUCAUUGUUUCCUACCGCAUGUGGAUGUUUGCACGGGAGCGCUUUGUGCUUGUGACCCUGUUCUACGCCCUCGGUAUCUCCUGCUACAUGAUCGUCGAGUCCUUUCCCACCGCCAGCACCGGUGCACUCGUGCAAGCAUCCAACACCAACAGUCUGAGCUGGUGCAUCUUCCUCGCGACGGGCCAAUUCUUCAUCAACGGCUUUAUCCUCGAGCUUACAUGCAUCCUCUCCUACACCUUUUACUCCAUCAACACCCUUUCCAACUUUCCCAUCAAAUUUGAAGUCUUUAUGCACACCGCCUCGGCCGUCAUCGCAUUGUCCAUGGCCAUCGUCUCUGGCUGGUGGUGCAGCAACCACUGCAAAACGGAACACCCGGGAAGCUGUUUGUAUCCCAUUUUGACGGCUACCAAGCACGCUCGCAUCCGCACAGCCCAAACUGAGCUCAUCGAAUGCAAGGCGUUGUCGCGCACUGAAAAGAGUCGUCACGAACAGCUCCUCACCAUGUACAAGGCCACCAUUAAAAGCGUUUACUCGCCCCUCAAGUUUUAUCCAUUGCUCUUCCUUUCAGUCCUCAUCUCCGAUGUGGUCAUGCUCUCUCUCCUCCCACCGGCUGGGCUGCACGAUGACGAAGCCGUUGGUCAUUUUCACAAACGCACCCCGAUCAUCCAUCUGCUUUGGAUUGUGGGUGUGGGCUCUGGCUCAUUCGUUCUCUUUUUUAGCCAAAAAGAGCACCGGGAGCGCCUCAAUGUGCGCCGCCUACUCCAGCGUUGUUACGGGAAGCGUGUGCGGGUUGCCAAAAGACAUAACUACAUUGUGUACGAGAACCCAGAUGAUUCCGAAGAUGACGAGGCGGAUGCUGGCAUGGGAGCUGUUGCUACCACGCAGUUGGCCAUGAGUGGCCCAGACGCAACGCACGAGUCACGGCAGCGGCUCAUCAGCUCGGCCGUACCACCCGACAUGUUGUUGGAUGAUGAGGAUUAUGAAGAUGCCUCAGGCCUCGCUGCCAAGGUCCUACGGGCCCAAGACACCAUCAAGCGCAAGAGCCGCGAUGGAUCAUAUCAGCCCCCUACCCUUGGUUCCAGCAGCUCGCAGGAAUCGGACCACGAUUAUGAAAACACGCCGAUAAAUGACGACGAGAACGCGCCAGUUCACGACUACGAGAAUGCGGUGGGCAGCGAUUAUGAGAAUGCCGCUCCGGCUGUGUCAACCCAGGUGACAGAUCGGGAUGAUGCGCCAACGAAUGCGUAG